AUGCCCCCUCAACGCACCAUCAGAGCGAGCGGAAAGGCGAAGGCGCGCGAUGGCAUCUUUGGACAGCAAUAUUUCAAGAAGCCACCAAGGGCAGACCACUCUGGAACGUUGCGCGAUGUCGAGUUUGAGUCCGCCAACAACGCCAGGCCAUCAGCAUCCACAGCAUUGAUCCCUUCGCCGACUGACUCUGCUCUGGCAGUAGAGGACUGCGAGAUCUGCGAACAGCAUGCGUCGCAGGCCUGUCGGCACGAUGAGAUGGCGGGAGACUCCAACGAUCUGCGCGAGAUUCUGGACAGUGGGCGAGCGUACAGAGUCAGCACCGAUCUCAAGCUUGCUGACACGCAGACAACUUCACGAGACAUUUUCACGUAUAGCACAGCCAGCAGUGUCAACCUGCAAGACGGAAUCAAGGAGUUGCAACAGCUGGUGGGGCAAAUUGCAGUCGUCUCUGAACGUACCAAUCACAUCGAGGAAACAGUCGACGGAGACUAUGGCGUGGGUCAGAUUUGGGGCAUAGUCGACGACAUACAAGAAAGGAUCGUCGUUCUUGACAACGAAGUCGCCCGCGAAGCCUUAUUGGAGGAUGCCAUAGACGCCGUGCAGAUUGUCGAAGGGAAAUUGGACAGCCUACAGGCGGAUCUCGCUGUGGACCGGGACGUCUUAGCGGCCAGAAUUGCUCAGUUGGAGGUCAGAAUGGUGCAGCUAAUACACUUGCUCCAACCUGGAACGCCACUUGCUAGACUGCCGUUCUAG